AUGGUCCCGUUGUUUGACCAAGCUGAUAUUAGUAUCGGCAUUAUACUGCAGGACACCGACUAUGCUUCCAUCUCUAUAGCAUGUCUUUGGGUUUACGACUUUGCUCUCACCCUCGAUAAAGAUGAAUUUUACAGCCUGGACUUUCCCUUAAGUUCAAUUCAAAAAUCUCAGUCCUGCACAGCCUUGUUUGCAUUUAACUCAUAUGUUGGAGGAAUCAUACUGUUCUGUGCAGAAUCACUCUUCAUGCGGAGGGUUUGGGCAGUAAUGGGACGCGGAUUGCUAACAAUGUGUUGCAACCUUGUGCUCUUCCUGGUCCCAGUGAUGGUGACUCUUACAUUAUCCAACUCUUCCUCCACAAUCAUACAGUCACCUAUUCCAAAAGUCACAAGUUGCUACGGCAGCAAGCAGGGUCGCAUUGUCAUCUUAGCCUACGUUUUGCUCGUCGUCGCAGAAAUAGAAACCCUUAGUUUAAUGUUAUACCACUCGUGGAAGCUUUAUAGUAGACAACAUGGAAACGAUAUACCUCUUGUGCGGGUCCUGGUCAGACAUAACAUAUUUUACUUUGCCUGUGGGCUUGUAUUUUCCACCACAGUCGUGGUCGUCGUGGUCACUCUUCCCGCAUCGUACGGAGAUGUGUCAUCAACUUUACAGUUCGUGAUGCACGGAAUACUGGCGACAUGCAUGCACCGCGAACUGUACAACACAGCUAAUCACAUUGAAGAGACUUCCACCGGGAAUGUGUCCCUACCUCUCGUUUUUGCACCAGCUUCGUCGGAGAUGCAACCUAGGUCCUCCUCUUUAUCCUAG